GAUCCGGGACACUUCUUCAGCUUGACUGAACUGGCGGGGAAUCUACAGUGCGUUGGCGCCAAGUGGUAACUUCGAUUUCCCACCAAUUCCGCUCCCUCACUUAACAUCGAGUAUACAGUUCUCAUUUGACAGCUCAAUUCAGAUUGUGUACAACGGUCAGAGCAUAAAACCGCCUCCGCUGUACGUAGGGCAAAAGCAUUCCCUUGUCAAUCAUGUCUAGAAUAUCUACAUACAGCUCAAUUAACUUUCAACUCUUUUUCGAUAUAGGUACUAUUCGAAACAAUGGUUCGGCUCAUAAAGAAAUCCAAGACUUUGUCAAGCUCACCAUCAAGAACCCUGACUUCAUGGAGGAAAUUGUAGCUCCACGAAUCGACGAGGCGCUUCUAGUCUUGAUAGAUAAGUUGAAGGAAAGCACUGGCGAUGUCACGGUCAUCGAAUCGCUGCUUGGUUACAGCCAAGACCUCUUUCAACGCAUAGCAUUUGAUGGACCUGGCAGUUAUGAUUUGUCACCAGGUUCUUUUGGAUCCAAUCUCAAUACUAUAACGUACCAACUGUUCGAACCACUCUUAUUUACUCCCAGACCAGGCGAUUCAUCCGAGUUGAGAGGCGUGGUAUCAUACCUUCAAGAUCGUACAUCAGCGGCUGCCAGCAACACAGAUUCUCUUGCAGGACGUCUAAAAGAUUACCUAGCUAACCUUGACUCCCCUAUUGCACAGCCAGAGGACGCUUGGCGGUUUAUGUUUGACAUAUUUUUGGCAGGCAGGACCAACGUUGCUGAAGGACUCGCUUAUGUUAUUUACCAUCUUGCUGAAGAUCAGGACCUUCAGAACAGGAUUCGUCAGGAAAUCAAUGGUGUUGAUUCUGACGUUACUUACGAAGAUCGCUUGAAGAUUCCACGCACGAUGUCUUUCCUCUACGAGAUUCUCCGCGCCCAUACAUUGGUUCCAUUUGGACUGACACACGUGGCGAACGCUGAUGGGAAAAUAGGUGGCUUCGAUGUAAAGAAGAACACCAGGAUCAUACCAAACCUGUAUGCCAUACAUAACAACCCGGACGAUUGGAAAAACCCUGACGUCUUCAAUGCCACGAGGUUUCUGCGAUGGAAUGGCGAAGAACUGACGUUUGACCCGAUAUCUGUCAAUGCCAGUAGAGUGACACCAUUUUCUGCGGGGAAAAGAUCCUGUCCAGGAGAGCUGAUCCCUCGGAUGACUUUCUUCAAAACUACCAUAAGCCUGCUCCGACACUUCCAAAUUACUCUGUCGUCGGAAAUGAAAUUCGAUAUCGAAGAAAAUUUCAGUGCGUUCUUCUUGAAGUCACGGGAAUAUCAAGCUGUCUUUGAGCCCCUUUUGUGAUGGACCCAUAUCCAAACAAGAUGAGAAGGAAGUCGACCCUUAAUGUAAUAGAAACUAUUAUGUAGUCAUACCUAUGCAGAUUAUAGUCUAGUUACGUUAACAAGAUUUAACCAUGAUUUUUCUGAAUGGCUUUUGACAAAUUAUAUUCACUUAAAUGCAUCAUAUAUUUUUUUAAUGAAGGCUUUCAGCAUUUCGUAAAGAUUUUUUCCAGGGAAAUUUUGGCCAUUAAAGGAAGUUUCUGAGGAGAAUAAUAAAAAUGAUAAAGAAUGAUGAACUAGAAAACUGUAGCACACAUGUUUUUGUUGUCAUAUAUCUGUGGAAUUGUUAGGACAGUGCAUGUGUACCAUGAAUUUCACUGAUAUUGCGAUCUUCCUUUUAUAGAAAAUUCUAAGACGUGCAAACGAUAUAAUCAUAUUUUUAACCAAAUUAAGAGUUGAAAGAUAUACAUGCUUGCUAUUUUGUUAUCAGUUUGUAAUGCGUAAUUGUAAAUCCAUCUUAGGUCUUUAAAACCAAAAUCGAUACAUUGAAAUAGUAUCUUACAGUGUGGCCUUGUUAAAUAAAAAGAUGUUCUAUAUUCCCAUUACAUGCAUUUUACCUUCAGAAGUUUUGAAAAUGAAAUCCUGGGUCCCAUUUCAUAAAAGUUACAGUCACGUCCAUGAAAUCAUUAAUUUUGAUUGGCUAUUCAAUGCUGUUGCCAUGGUAGUGAACUGGUAGUGCAAUGGGGCCCUAAAGUGAAAAAUAGACCUAACCCAAAUCAAAGGCGGGUUUGGGGAGUUGCUUCUCCCU